CUAUGGUUAUAUGUAGUAAUAUAGGACAACUAGCCGGUAAGAAUUCGGAUUGGGCACGUUGUACGCAUAUGGCGGAGACAUGGGAUGUAAAUGUCAAAAGGAAGAUUGAGUUUGGAAGUUUGCGGGAAGAAAAAGGAAUACGCAGUACGUGACACUUCGCUUGAUAGCACCUACCUACUUAAAAGUAAAGUUAGCAUACAACAGAUCGAGGGAAAUCGGGAAGGCAAGUCUCAACUACACCUUGCAUGCCUUCUUGCGUGCUCCUUCCCACAUCAAGUUGAAGAAAGUAUAUACCACGUGACUGGGCGACUGGCUCCCUUUAUUAUGAGUUACACAACUUUGGAAUCUUCAGAUUCGGAUCAAAAACCACCAAAGUUAAGGAAGGAAUUUGUAUAUGAUACACACAAGACCUAUUGUUUUCCCCUUUUCCUGGUCCUCUUAUUUUCCUCGCUCCUUAUUUUCGUAUCCAGCCGAGGUCCCGAUCGCGUUUCUCCCAAACUCGUCAUCAUCGUUCUGACAAUUUGCAAUCGUAUUGCUCAUAUGUAGGAUAGUAGAAUAUCCUUUGCAAUGCUCGAAGAAGUCUCACGCCGGUUCGCCUCAUAAUCCGAGGGGUCACCACUAUGACGUAUCAUCCGAUUACACUCCGUCGCCUCAGUCGUCCCGGUUCUUCCCCCGCGACGAUGGUACACGACUGUGAUGUCGUAAAGGAGAUGCCGGACGAGAGGUUGAUAGACCCAUGGCCUU